AUAUUUUCUAGGAGACAUAUAAAUCAUUCAAAACGGUGACACGCUUUUUUACAAAUAUAUUUUUUGAGAAUCAUAUGGGAGCCUCUCAAAGUUUGGAAAUACCAGGUGGUGGUAUUGAGGGAUAUCAUGUUUUAAAAGUUCAACAAAACUCCCCAGGAUAUUAUGCUGGUUUGGAUGCCUUUUUUGAUUUUAUUGUUGCAGUUGAGAAUACCAGACUUAAUAAAGAUGAUGACACAUUCAAAGAAAUAUUAAAGGCAAACUUAGAAAAACCAAUUGAAUUAAUAGUUUACAAUAGCAAGAUGAAAAAGGUGAGAAAUAUUGAGAUAACUCCCAGUACAAUGUGGGGUGGGCAAGGUCUUUUGGGUGUCAGCAUCAGAUUUUGCUCUUUUGAAGGUGCAAAUGAAAAUGUUUGGCAUGUUAUGGAUGUAGAACCAAAUUCUCCUGCUCAAAGAGCUGGAUUGAUUUCUGAUUCAGAUUAUAUCAUAGGUGCAGAUACCAUGUUAUACGAGGCAGAUGAUUUUUAUAAUGUGAUUGAGUCCCAUGAAGGGAGACCUCUGAAACUGUUUGUCUACAAUGUAAAAUGUGAUGAAUGUAGGGAGGUCAUGAUAACACCCGAUAAAAAUUGGGGUGGCAAAGGAAGUUUGGGCUGUGGAAUCGGUUACGGUUAUUUGCAUCGCAUUCCGUACCAAGAAAUCAAGAGGCACCCCAUCGACCCCGCCUUGAGGGAGAAGGCGCAAAUUAGGAAUAAUGAAGUAUUCGAAGGAAACCUAGACCUCUCUUUGAAUGGUAAUGGGUUAGUACUAAUAGCGCCUGAAUCCGUUACCCCGACCCCUACAUUCGAUCAGCAGGCCACACCGUCUCCUUCCAAUCUCCUCAACAAUGCCAAUUCAGCAGUUACUUUUUCCAAUGUUUUUGACAAAAUGAAUACUACUCAUCUUUCUGCCAACCCGUCUCACAUGCCACAUUCUUCGGAGGAGAUGUCAAACAUGUCGCACUCGUCUAACAGUCUCCCCUCUUCGAAUUCGAACGUUGGGUCCAUCCAUCCUCCCCACAUUUAUACGAAAGAUGGCGUAGAUAACAAAGGAACUGUCUACGUAGCAUCGGUUGCCACUCCUUUAAAUCCCUAUGCUCAGAAUAUUUACGCUCGUUCCCUCGCUCAAUCUUUCAAUAAAUCUGAACCCUCUGGAGCCACACCUCUGAACGUUCCGGCCGGUUUCCCUCCGUUGACCAUAAACGCACCGCCAAUGUUCCCCGUUUCGACCGCGCUUUAUCAACAACCACAGCUUUUCCAACCCAGACCUUUUUUCGAUAAUAACGCUCAUUACCCACAAUACCAAGUUCCUCCUACGUAUUAUAACGGUCCUGCCACAUCGAACCCCCAGAUUCCGGGAGGUUAUAACCCUAUUACCUCUCAUGCUACUGGUCCCUCUUUCGUUCAAGGUACUAAUUAUCCAUAUGCUGGAAUCAACUUCCAACCGGAUCCGAAUAUUCCUCAGCAUCGCCCUUCCAUGCCUCCGCCCACAUCCCAAUACACCUCCUAUUGAGCGUCUACGCUUAUAAUGUUAAUCUCCGUGGUUUUAUAUGAAAAUUUUUUUUUUUAGGUAUUAUGACACUGAACAUGGCUGACUUUUUUUUUACGAUGUAUUUUUUAUUAUUAUUAUAUUUAUUAUAUAACCAAAUUCCCAAAAUCAAAAAAUUUUUUUUUUUUUAAAUUUAUUUCAACCUUCAUAUCUUUUAGAGAAAAUGUCUAUCAUAAAAAUUUGGAUUUGUCUAUUUUUUUUAUUAUUAAGGAUUGAAAAUCUUUUUGUUUUUUAUACCCAAAAUAUUUAUCGUUUUAUUAAAUCAUUUUAUCUAUUCAUUCAUAUAUAUGGCCUAGCGUUGUCGAAAACCUCGAUUUACGCAAUUUUUUUUAAAAAUUGGGCGGAUCCAAGAUUUUAGCUAAAAAGUCUUGGAGAUCUGGUCGGCUGAGAAGAACGAAAACUUUUUUUUACCCACAUGAAAUCUCGGAGCUUAGUUAAUAUUUCUUUGGCUCUUGUUUUUGACGUUUUGGAUCGAAGUUUUCGACUACUAUUACGCAAAGUGUCAUUUCAAAAGAUAUAAUUGUAAUUUGGAUAAAAUACGUUUACCUUAAAUGUUAUAAAAUCGAUAUUAUAAAUUACUU